UCAUAACCUAACACAAUUACGCGAUAAGUGCACACAUAUGAGUGGAAUCAGAACGUGACCUGUUCGUUUGUGCUUAGCUUUGUAUUAGUAUUAUAUGCAAAAUGAACAUUUGUAUGAAUUUACAUACAGUUCAAAGUUCAAUAUAUAUUUUAAAUAUAUAUACAUAUUUUAAAUGCAUUAUAUAAGAUUGCAUUACGUUUUAAUAACUAAUAACGCGAACGUUCUGAAGAAACGACAAUCCAAUAAAGGAAAAAAGGAGAUAAUCUAGCAGUAAAUUGUAUAUGAAUGAACAUAUUCACAAGAGGAAAUCGCAUGAUGUCUAUCGCCAGUAAUUUGAUAAAGGACUUGCCUAAGGGACCCUUAGAUGUUUAUAGGAAGCGGGCAACAUUUGACUGGAAAUCAUUCAAACUAAAUUUAGAAGGUGUGGAUGGCAUACAUUUUCAGGAAAAAUUAUGGGAUAUUGUCAGAAAGAAUCCAGCAUUUCAAAGAUCGAUAGGUUCAAUGAGCUUGGAUGAAGUUCGAAGACACUGCAAUGCUCAAAUGCAAAUAUUUCAUCAGAAUGACAUAACUCCAAUGCAUACUCGAGAACAUUUUUUUUAUACCUUUCAAUAUAAUGGAUCUAUACCAGUAAAAUUAAGUAUCAUGUACUCUAUGGUACCAACUACUAUAUUAGCGCUAGGUACUGCACGACAUUAUCAUCUUGCAACAGAAUUGAGCAAUGGAAAUUGUCUUGGCGUUUUUGCUCUAACUGAAUUUUCCCAUGGAUCUAAUGCAAAAGGCAUGCGGACCACAGCAACAUAUGAUAUAGCAACAAGAAGUUUCAUUCUUCAUACACCCGAUUUUGAAGCCGCAAAAUGUUGGGCAGGUGGUUUAGGAAAAAGUGCUACACACGCUGUUAUAUUUGCACAGUUAGUUACACCAGAUGGAGUGAAUCAUGGUCUCCAUGUUUUCAUUGUACCAAUUCGCGAUCUAAAAACCCAUCUACCUUUUCCUGGUGUUACCAUUGGUGAUAUGGGUGAGAAGAUUGGACUUAAUGGAAUAGACAAUGGAUUCAUAAUGUUCAACAAGUAUGCUAUAGCACAUACUUGUUUGUUGAAUCGUACAGCAGAUGUUAACGAGGAUGGACAAUAUGUGCUUGCUGUACAGGAUGAACGAAAAAGAUAUGGCUCAUCAUUAGGCGCAUUAUCAUCAGGUCGUGUCAGUAUUACUGCAAUCUGUGCACAGUAUAUGACUAUUGCGUUAACGAUAGCCAUACGUUAUUGUGCAGUUAGGAGACAAUUCGGUCCUACAGCUGAAGAUGAUGAGUUACCAGUUAUAGAAUAUCAAGCACAACAAUGGCGAAUUUUUCCUCAUUUAGCUGAAACAUACGCAAUAAAGAUAUUUUCGACCAUGUUUUAUCAAAUGGUAGACUUCGCUUUGAGCCGUUUAACGGGAGACGACGAAAACCUGAUUGCUGAUCUAGGAAUAGAGAUACACGCAUUGUCUUCUGCAACAAAACCGUUGUGUUCAUGGAUCGCUCGUGAUGCAAUUCAGGACUGCAGAGAGUCUUGUGGUGGUCAUGGAUAUUUGAAAAUGUCGCGUUUGGGUGACAUAAGAGCUGACAAUGAUGCAAAUUGUACAUAUGAGGGUGAAAACAAUAUACUUAUUCAACAAGCAAGUAAUUGGUUGUUAAGCCAAUGGACUAACGUGAUCAAUGGACAAUUCGUGCCGGCUCCGCUUGGUUCUAUAGAUUUUCUUGUUGAUGCGGAACAAAUAUUGAAUACCAAAUUUGAUCAAGUUACAGUUGAGGAUACAUUAAAACUUGAAAAUUUACUCUUCGCUUUUAAGUGGUUGACAUGUUAUUACGUGAAAAAAACAUAUCAACGUGUAAAUAAUCUUAAAUCAAGUGGGAUGUCUGAUUUUGAUGCAAAAAACAAUUCUCAAACAUAUUUAGCACGGACUUUGUCCCUCGUAUAUGGAGAGCAUGCUUUACUAUUAUAUUUUAUCAAAUGUUUACAAGAUCCGAAAUGGAAAGCGAAUGAACGAGAAGUACUGACAAAAUUAUGUUCUUUGUUCGGAGCUACAACUUUGGAAAAGAGAUUGGGAGAUUUGUAUGGUGGUGGUUAUGCUUCUCCUGGAAGUAACUUGGACAAUUUUCUGCGAGAAGGAAUUAUAAUAUUAUGCAGAGAUUUAUUAGACAAUGCGGUUCCGCUGGUUGACGUUUUGGCACCGCCAGAUUUUAUUCUUAAUUCUCCUCUAGGAAUGUCUGAUGGCGAGGUAUACAAACACAUAAAAGAGUGGAUAUUUAAAGAUAAAGCAAACUUGGAACGUCCAUCGUGGUGGAAAGAAAUCCGAUCAAAGAUAUAAUAUGUACAAGAUAUAUAGUACAAAUUCCGUGAUAUUUGUAUAUACGAGGUAUCUUUUAUUCUCAUUCUUUUUAGUUAAAAGAUUUUAGGGCAAAAAAUUUAUUUGAAAUGCAAAAAAAGAAUGCAUAAUGCAAAUUCAUUUUGUUUAUAAAAUUGC